AGAUAAUAGCACCUAGUAACUGACCUGCGAGAGCGCCUGUCUCAUGAUUUACUCUUUAAACCAGAUAAGUGAUGAGAGGCUUGCUGUGCCCCGCGUUACAGGCUAACACUCUCUGAUGCGGCGACGAGCUCCUCCAGGCUCAGAACAGCGUCAGGUGGAAGAAUUCACCAGAUGACAACUUGUGGGUCACGCCCUUGCCCUCGCGCCGCCAGGAUUUCACGCCUGAAGGAGGAGGCUUGCCCUUAGAGGACACGCCGAUGUAGCGGACCAAAAAGCCACCGCUGUAGUGAACCCUUUGUAGUGAACCUCCCGCUGAACCAGUUCCCUGAGAAGUGGAGAAGCAACCCAGUAGCGGACCACACACGCAGCUGACCUCUAUCUCUGUCUCACCCACUCCCUCUCCCUCUCUCUCUCUUUAGCAGUAGACCGUGUAAAUGGUUAAACAGUGAUGUAAAAAUCCCUUUGCCCUCGUCUGCAUCCUCCUCCUCUCCCUCCUCCUGCGUCUCCUCCUCCUCCUCCUAUCGCGGGCGACCUUCGAGCAGUGAACACCACUCCGCCUCGUCUCGUCAGCGGCAUCCAAGUGACCAGGAAUACCACUCUCCUUUGUGAAUUACGCGCCGAGGAAAGCAAGCGUGCCGCUAUAAGUGAAGCCGCCAGUGGAGUACCAGGCAGUGUAAGAAGGUCUCGAGGUCUGCGUGUGUGCGUGCGUGUCUUCUUUACAUAAUACGUAAAUCCAGGACCCCCAAACUUGCCAAAAAACGGGGUUGGACUUCGCAUCUCACGACUUCCAGCUCUGAGGUCUUUCCCACAGACAUUCGAGCCUUCGGUAGAGGUAGCCAUUCCAUUAGUGUAGCGUAAGCAGUGGACUUGAUAGUAUACCAAGUACCUUCUUCCCGAAUUGAAGGAAAAUUUUCUUGACCAAAUAUUUUUUUCUAUUUGAAUAUCAACUGUGAUAGUUAUUGUACAUGAGACUUUUACCUGAGGGAUGAUUUAGUGCCUUUCGCCUGUUAUCGCCAAGCCAAAAGAAAAUAGAAGAAAGAGAAAAGCUAAUUUCUAGUGAGAGAACGUAGAGAAAAAGUAGUCUAUAAUUUUUAAGAAAACCUACGCGAGUGCCAAAAAAACGAGAUAUAUAUAUUCAUAGCAAUUAAAACCACUAAAAAAGAAACCCAGUGACUUCAAGACCGUUGAUUUUUAUGUGGAGUGAAGAGCCAAGCACCAGCGACCUUAUGUGUGACAUCAUGUUGUCCAGAGGCCAUGGAGGGCAAGGAAGGUUCAGCCUUCAGAACCUCAUUCUCGGACAACACAUUACCUCCAAACUGGAGGAACAGAUGAGGGUGGACGCCGAGGAACCCAUGUCCCCGAUGUCUCCCAUGUCCCAGGGCUCCGACCACGACCACGACAAACCCACCGUCAGACAGGUAAAAGUCGAAGAGAGUGGCAGCGAAGAGCAGACCGUCUUCUCGUCCCAGCCUGCUUCUCAGACUGACUCCCCGGUGCCUCCAAGGAGUGACUCUGGGUGUGAGGUUCACCCAGGGCCUUAUACCCCCUCCCAGAGCCCCCUCCUCCCUCGCCUCCACCCGCACACCCACUCACCCACACACCUUUACUCUCCCACGCAGUCACCCGGGCCCAGCAGGCAUGUGUCGGGAUUCUCGUCUCCAUACAGCCACACACCAUCAACAGGACUCAGUCGCAAUAACAGUGAUGCGUCCCAGUAUGGCGGCUCUUACAAUAGUUACUCUUCUGCUCCAUCACCCAUUUCUCCUACACACUACUCUCCUUCACAGUCGCCCAUCCAGCAACGCCAUAUCACCUACCAAAUGCCACCUCAUCAGUCCCCCAACCUGGGCCGCGUUCCAAGCCACACUAGCCAUCCCAGCCAGUACCCAGGAGCUGGAGGUCUUUACAGCGCGCCUUUAGAUCUACGAGAGUCCCACAAUCUUGGAGGUCACCCAGAUUCUUCGAAGGAAGUCAAGGAGGAUGAGCGACUGGCAGCUGACCUAUCACAACAUUCAGUGAUUGCUGCCCAGUCUGGCAUAACAAGGCAACAGCUCAUCAACAGCCCAUGUCCCAUCUGUGGAGAUAAAAUCUCAGGCUUCCACUAUGGCAUCUUUUCAUGUGAAUCAUGUAAAGGAUUUUUCAAGCGGACAGUACAGAACAAGAAGAACUACGUUUGCAUGCGCGGUUCCUCUUGUCCAAUCACUAUCAGUACAAGGAAGAAAUGUCCUGGCUGUAGAUUUGAAAAGUGUCUUUGCAUGGGCAUGAAACUGGAAGCCAUCCGUGAAGACCGAACACGAGGUGGGCGUAGUACAUAUCAGUGUGCACCAUAUCCUCUUCCACCAUCCUUGGUCACACCUCAACCAUCUACCCACCAUCUAGACCAACAAAGGCUUCCAGAUGCUUCUGCUGUCAAAGCUGAACCAUCAGACAGCGAAGAGAUUAAACCAUCACCACCUCCAGAGAAGCCCCCCAUCCCUCUGCUCUUACAGCAAAUCCAUGAUGUUGAACACCUAUGGCACUGCAGUGAGAGUGAAAUGGCACAACUUCGUCAGUCUGAGCAAGCCGCAAGGGAAGCCAUGGAAAACAACUCUCCCAACUUCCUGAAUAAUCUGUGCACCAUUGCUGACCACAGACUGUAUAAGAUUGUUAAAUGGUGCAAGUCUCUACCAUUGUUCAGGCACAUUACAAUUGAUGAUCAGAUCUGCCUGCUGAUCAACUCCUGGUGUGAGCUCCUCCUCCUGUCCUGUUGCUUCCGUUCCAUGGAGUCCCCAGGCGAGAUCCGGGUCAGUUCGGGUCGUACUAUGACCUUAGAGCAGGCUGAGGUCAUGGGCAUCGGACCCUGUAUUGAACGCAUGCUCAACUUGACCCAACAGCUGCGUCGGCUCCAGGUCGACAAAUAUGAGUAUAUGGCCAUGAAGGUCAUUGUUCUUUUAUACUCAGUAGACGUGUCUGGGCUUGAGGAUGGUGAGAAAGUGCGUUACUCUCAAGAGAAAGUGGUCCAAGCGCUGCAAGAGUAUACACUCUCACACUACCCACACCUGCCGCCUAAGUUUGGGGAACUUCUCCUCCGCAUCCCUGAACUCCAACGCACGUGUCAGGCGAGUAAGGAAAUGCUCUCUAUGAAGAAGAAGGAGGGAGAUGUGCCAAGUUUCAAUUUUCUCUUUGAGCUGUUAAGAGGGGACCAUUAGUUAAGGUUGGAGUACAACCUCGUGUUCAGCGUCAGUUGCUGCAUCUCCCUCAGGUAUGCGUCGUUGCUUCAGGCUCACAAUGUGCGUACAAAUGGCGUGAUCAGGGCAAAAAUAAAAGAAAAGGAAGAAAAAAAAAGAUAAAAAAGGAGGUAAUGACCAGUUUGCCAUGACUACAAAAUAUGGACCUGCAGUUUGUGACUCUGAAGGGAUGACAUUCCCAUGGCUGUGACAAGUGGACGUCUCUAACUCAUCCCACCUUAUGUACUCAUUCAUUGUCACACAGAGUAGAACCAAGAAGAUGGAAUCACCUAGCAAGUUUUAAAUUUGGAAGGGGCAACUCAAGGACAUCUUUUUUUAUUUUUUAAUAUAUAAUUUAUAUAUAUAGAUAUAUAUAUUAUAUCUAACAAACCUCUUAACAACCAAAUGUAUUAGAAUUAUAAUGUGAGUCCGCUGGGUAGAGUAGUAAAAUGAAAAUAUAAGAAAUCUGAUAAUGUGCGACAUGAGUUACCUUUCGCUGAGUCAUUGCGUCCACCGCCAAUAUACCUGAUGGGAGGUUACCAGAGGCUGUGGCAUGGACUCUUAAGCUAUAAGCUGUCUUCCAUGGAUAUACUCUCAGAAGCAGUAUUUUUUAUAUUUUCUCCCAUGCCAUGUGUCCAGCAAUGCCAGUUGCCACUGAUACGACUAAUAUAUUUUCUUGUUACCUGAAUGUCCAAAGAAAUUUCAUGUUUAAUUUGACCAAGUGUUUGUGUACGUUUGCAUAUUUCACUAUAUAGCAAGUUUGUGCACUUUUAUUUUAGUAUUUAUGGUUUGUCUCUGCUCUCUCUCACAAAUGGAAAGAGUCAGAAGAUUUUUACCUUUGUUAACUCUUAAUUGUUCUUAAAUUUGUAUUUCAAAGAAUUUUAUAGCUCAGUUUUCAGUCUGCUGGUUAGUAUCAUUGAGGCUAUACUAAGAAAAUAUAAUAGUGAUAUAACAUGUGGCAACAUAGGCAGAGCAGCAGCGGUUGUAGAGGUGCCAGAAGCUGCCACAGACCAGGAUUCUGUAAAACCAAAUGCACAAAAGAAGAAACCUACAACAGGUUAUCUUAGCAAAGCAAUAGGUAUCAUCAGAAUCAGACACUUGAAUGGAAUAUGUCUUGACAGAUGAGUGACAGUUCCAGACACCGACUGGUCAGUCACCUGUCAAAGUUAUGCCAUUUAAAGUGAACAUGUUAAAAAAAAGAAAAAAGAAAAGAAGGAGAUCCAUAACAAAAAAAAAGAAGAAAAAAAAUCAUUAGCUCCUAGAAGCCCACCAAUGUGCAUAUCAUUCUGUGGUGUUGGAGAAUUCUGGUCUAGAUUUGGCUCUGUGAAUCUGUGACAAUUCCACCGUGCUGGGGAGUUGUGCAACAUGAUCACAAGGGGAGGCUGUCCAAGGGCAUCUGGAGUGGCUGUGGGACUUCAUGUCUACGCUACCAGACAUUCAAAACCUCCUGUAAUGUCAUGUUAUCAGAAAGAUGAGAUAGUUGACUCUUUUUUUUUCUAUUUUUUCAUAUAGAUUUUAAAAUCAUGUCAUUUAUUAUAUUUUUGAUAACUUGGUGGUAAUUGAAGCUACCCUGCACCACUGGCCCAGUCGUGACACCAAUACUCCCACCACAAAGUACCUGCCAGCCAGCAACUAACCAAGUAGGGCGUUGUGGUACCGUAGAGUUAUUUACAAUAAAUUUUUACAGUAUUCUCAAUUUCUUCUCAUUCUCUAUAUUUAUACAGAUCUUUUCAUCAUCUACCUCUGCUAACCUAAUUUGUUAUCAACUGAUAUUUCUAGCUGAAUUGUUGUUUCCUUGUUAUAUAUAUCUAUAUCAUUUUUAUGUGAAGUAUAGAAUUUAUGAUGCUGAAAAAUCCUUGUUCUUAAUUUUUCUCUUUAACUCUACGAUUCCACGAUGUCAAACAUGAAGAGCUACGAAAACUUGACUGUCUUCUGUGAUGAUACUUUUGCACUGAGCUCCGUGGUACUAAAUUGUCUGUGGUACUUUAAAAGGUACCAUUAGAUAAAACAGAAGUGAGAUAGGAGCAAAGUGUAAACUUUUUUACUUGAAUUUUUCUGUGGUAUGUAUUAUAGGCUGUGGCCAAUAUCUGUAGCAUUCUUUAAGGAUGUAUAUCAGCUGAGAUAGUUCCACCCCCAAAAAAUUAAUGUGCUCUGUCUCACCUAAUUUGAAUGUUAAGCAGUAACAGUUAAAAUUUAGUAUGGAACUACUCACAGGUAUCUAAAGCUUUAUAAAAUGCCCAGAAUUGGAGUCUAUGACAAACUUUUUCUUUGCCCAGAAACUUUUUUCCAAUGUCUUUCCAAUUUCUAUACUGUAGUAGCUCACAGUGCGUCGUUGUUUUGCCUCUCUUCCGUCUUGCGCUGUGCACAAGAUUAUUUGGGAAGAGACGAAGAGAUGGUACUAUCGAAUUUAGUGUUCUAUGUUUUCUACAGAAGAGAUUUUUAAUUUAUUGCAUUACAUUUCCUGAUAUAUUUUUUCUCAGUUUCACACCACUUUCAUGAAGGCUGUUAUUGGUAAACAUUCCAUUGAUAUCUAAGCUAAUUAUUACCCCUUUGGUAAACAAGAUGUACUCUUGUGAUAUUAUGUUAAUGAUGAGCAAUUUUAGAGGACGCUGGGUUAUUCCAAAGAACAUAAUAAGUGGCCUCAUGAGAGUGGUGAGUGGGUCGGCCGCGAGAUGUGGCGCGGGGACCCUCCCAACUCGCUUCCACCGGCAAGUCCUCAACCCUCAAUAUUAGAAUGUCAAAUUCUUUGCUGAUAUACAUAUAUAUACAUAUAUACAUGUACGUAAUUUUUACUUUUAAUUUUCAAUGAGAUCGUUAUGGAGAUCACAGUAACUUUGCAGUUUCAUGUGUUUUUUAAGCUUCUCAAAAGAGGGUUGUGUUAUGUGGGCGAGAGGGUGAGUGGUCUCAGGGAUCCCCCAUGCAGAACGCAGCAGAGCCGUCCAGGGUGCUGACAUUGAGAGAGGCUAAUGGGUGUAUGUGAAAGCCGUCCGAGGGUGCAUGAGCGGAACUCACCUCUCUUUUUCCCGAUGCACUGAAACCUUGUUAAUUCACACUUCAUUUGCACUUUUUUUUCCCCUUUUUUUUUCUCUUCUUUUUUUCUUUUUUUUUUUAAUAAAAGAAAGAUGCACAAAACAUGUGCCCCCAUUAAUUAGAUGUAAUAUAUUUUGAUUGGUUAUCAUUUUGAUCAAACAUUUGAGAUUAAAAAAAGAAGGAAUUGAAGGAUUUAUGAUUGACAAGUGUUCUGUGCACAACUCCACCGCAAGACGCCCAUGCACCUCGGAUGCCUAUGCGCACCCAUAUCAGUCCACCCCGGCAAGCCAAAUCACUAGUCCUUACACACUCUUUGUUUUUAUUUUUUUUAUUAUUUUUUUCGGAGCAUAACUCUCGAAUAGAAAUGCCAGGCUUGAAAGAGACUUGUGACACUCACCAUCCAGUCACUUGAUCCAAACCUGGAUUUAAUGGUAUAUUGGAAUCUCUCGCCUCGUUGAAUCUCAAAAGGUGAUUUAUUACAAAAAAAAAAGAAAGUAUUUCUUGUGAAGAAAUUACAAGUUAAUGAAAGAAACCUACAAAUCAAAAUGAACUGUAAUGUGUGCUACGGAGGAAUUUUCAUAAAGUUGGUCGUUUGUAUUUUUGGUAUCAUGUACAUAGUUGUUGUCUACUGGAGCAAGUACUUAGUAUUUUAAGGAAACUUUUAAUAAAUAUACUUAAAUA